GAGGACACACGGGCAAUGAAACAGUCAGUAAAGCAGUCAGAUGGCACAGGGUCUGUCAGCCCCACCCUGGGAAGGUCUUGGGAACCACUGAGAGGAACGGGAGGCUCCCAGAAGGACAAGAAUUCCCUUCGCCUGGUGGCUCCAGUAUGGAACAGGGGUACCAGCGGCAUCCGUGGCCUGAGCAGGUCAGUGGACCCGGAGGGCAGUCAGAGGAAGGGGAGGACGCUGCUCCAGUUCCUGGCUGACCACUUCUAUGAUGUGGAGGCUGUGAGGGAGUACCUGCUCCAGAAGCAGGUGUUGAAGGUGCUCCGGAAAAAUCGGUCCUCCACCUACAUCAAGGAGCGAUAUGGCCCCUACGUCGCAGGUGCCUAUUUCAUCCUGAAGCAGGGAGGCGCAGUCAAGUUUCAGGACAAGGAGUGGAUGCGGCCAAAUGGGCGUGGUCUCUCUGGUGAGCUCUGGAAGCUCCGGGAGGUGCCUAUAGAAGCUGUUGACGCCAGCGGCUGUGCCAUCACCUACCAAGGCCUGGACAACCUCUUGGCCCUGCAGGAGCUCCAGUCCCUGUCGCUGCAGUGUUGUCCCCACGUGGAUGACUGGUGUCUCAGCCGCCUCUACCAGCUAGCCAACUCGCUACGAGAGCUCUCGCUGGCCGGCUGCCCCUGCAUCUCUGAACGGGGCCUCGCCUGCCUCCACCACCUCCAGAACCUCCGCAGAUUGGACAUCUCUCACCUUCCUGCCGUGUCCAACCCAGGCCUCACUCAGAUCUUGGUGGAGGAGAUGCUGCCCAACUGUGAGGUUCUGGGGGCUGACUGGGCCCAGGGCCUCAAGUUGGGGCCAGAGGAGCAGUCCCACGACACAGCCAGCAGCCCCAUCCCUGCCUAGCCUUUGGCCCCGUCCGUGUGGAGCUGGGUCUCAGCUGGGCUGUGCUGAGAGGUUAACAGCUCACCCUUCUUCUAGCUUCCAGUUGGGUUCAUUCAACUCGGGGGGUCGGGCUAGGAUCAGAGGCACUGGCAGGUCAGAGGCAAGAGGAGUGAGGUGGCUUGUCCCCUACCGCGGGGGUGCUCUGGCUGGCUGCACCCUGGGGUGAAGCUCGCAGCUCCUGUCAGCCUGUCAGGCAGCCCUUUCCACACCAUUCUCUCCUUCCCAGUCCCAGGAACCCCCGUCUCCUGCCUCUUCAGGCCUGGGGGAGGUAAGGGCUUCUGGCUGCAAGUAGCCUCAGGGAGUUGCACUCUCCCUUGUGGUGCUCCCACAGCGCGCCCACCUCUGUGUCAAGAAACUUCUCUUGACUUUUGUCAGAGAAACUUCUCGACUUUUCUCAGAAGACUCUUGUAGGAUUAUCUCACUUGAGUGUGCUACUGUUUCCUGCCAGGACCUGACUGAUACAGCAGGUGCUAUGGGCAUUUUAUAGGGAUGGUUCUUCCCUGUGUGGGACGACUUAAGCUCACUGCAGGCUGAAGCAUCCCUGGGCCACACCCACUAAAUGCUGGGAGCAUCCCAA